UCUCGUGCCCGAGGAAAUUAGUCUCCGAGCACAAGGGCGACUUGACAACUCGGAGGAUUGUGAGCUCUCGCGUUUCUAGAAAGUACUGUAGCCAAUCGGACCCCCAGCAGCAGGGUAAUUUCAGUGGUCAAGGGUCCUUCAGGAGCAGGGGGAUUUGAACCAACAACCUUCCGACAGCUCUCGCCCCUGCAACCAUUGCUAAAGGACCAACAGGUAAGAAGACGUUUCCUUAGAAAAACUUGCCAUGGCAAGUGCAGAGACCCCCUCCUCUCCCAUUGUAGAGGGCAGGCUGGCACAGGAGUUUGCUGCACCCUCCCACGUAGAAACAGUGAAGGGGCUCAUGACGGAGUUUGCUGAACGGCACGGCUCCGCAGGUCGCAGGGUGGUCCUUGUCACCUCGGGUGGCACCAAGGUGCCCCUGGAGUCCAGGACAGUGCGUUUCCUGGACAACUUCAGCAGCGGGCGACGAGGGGCCACUUCCGCUGAGUACUUUCUGGAACUGGGCUAUGCUGUGGUGUUCCUGCACCGGCACCGCUCCCUCUAUCCGUACACGCGUAGAUACGCUGGGGUCAACCUGCUUGACAGCCUACGGCUAGAGGAUGGAACUGGAACCUCUUGCCAAGUCGUGGCAGACGAGCAGGUACUGCCCAAUAUUGGACCGGUGCUGAAGCGUUACCAGGAGGUGAAAAAAGGAGGACUAUUACUUCCUGUGGAGUUCAGCACCUUGUCGGAGUACCUGCAUCUUCUCAAAGCUGCAGCCCAAGCCCUUAGCACCAUAGGGUCAAAAGCUAUGUUUUACUUAGCUGCUGCAGUUUCGGAUUUCUAUAUCCCUCCGUCUGAAAUGCCAGAACACAAGAUCCAGUCAUCCAAUGGACCGCUGCAGAUCAGCAUGAAGAUGGUCCCCAAAAUGCUGAGGCCACUUGUCAAGGACUGGGCCCCAAAGGCAUUUGUCAUCUCGUUCAAACUGGAGACAAACCCAUCCAUUUUGCUGGAGCGUGCACGCCAGGCCUUAGCCACAUACCGGCACCAUGCUGUGAUAGCCAACGUUUUGGACACACGGCGCGGUUAUGUAGUGGUGGUGACGCAGGAUGACCAGGUCGAGUUAGCCCUCACUGAAGAGGAAAUGCGCCAGGAGGUAGAAAUCGAAGAGCGGAUUGUCCAGAACCUGUUUGCUGCCCAUACCCAUUUCAUGACUCAGCAGGACUAAAGACUCCUUAGCCAUAACUGAUUAUGUGACCACACAUCACUUGCUUAACGAAAACAAAUGUAACUGUCUCUUCAUGUGUCUUUCUCCAGCUCCUGCGUGAUUGUUUUGAAUUAAUGCUUACAAUCUCCCAUUUAAAUGUAUGAAUCAUGUAUGUCAGGCAUUGGGCAACCAGUGAUGUGCUACUGAGCUUAUUCUCACUGCAGGAAACAUGUACCUGUCAUGUUGGGAAGCACUAUACGGUUGGUCAUU